CUUUAAUCAAGAAACAAAAUAUAUAAGAUAUGGCUAUCUCAGAACCAAGGAACUAUUGCAAGUUAGAUCCUUGAUCUCAAUUUCUCAAACUGAAGGCUUAGUUAGCUUUAUCAUUUCUUCCGUAUCAUUCUCUGUCAUUACUAAGUCAUCAGCAAAGACAACAACUGUCGCGGAUGUUUUGAUUGAUGCAGCAUCAAUAUUAGGAGGUGAUUCAACAUUGAAAAUUCUCUAUGUGAAACUCCUUGAGGCCAUGGGUUGCUGCGGAAAUAAUUAUAGUGAAUGGCGUCCAACAGAGGCUGUCCUGUUCUGCAUCCGAGCCAUAUCAAAUUAUGUUUCAGUUGUUGAAGCAGAAGUGAUGCCUCAGGUUAUGUCCUUGCUUCAGAAACUUCCUCAACAACCACAGCUACUUCAGACAGUUUGCUUACUAGUUGGGGCAUACUCAAAAUGGCUUGAUUUCUCGUCAACUGGCCUGUCUAUACUGCCUUCAGUUAUAAGUAUUCUCAUGAGUGGAAUGGGCACAUCUGAAGAUUCUGCAGCAGCCGCUGCUCUGGCAUUCAGACACAUCUGUGAUGAUUGUAGAAAAAAUCUUUGCGGCUAUUUUGAUGGUCUCUUCAACAUCUACUGUAUGGCUAUUAAUGGGGGAGGUGGUUGUAAAGUCUCUGCUGAGGACUCAUUGCAUCUUGUUGAAGCCUUAAGCAUGGUUAUCACGGAACUUCCUAUGGAUCAUGCUAAGAAUGCAUUAGAGAAGUUAUGCCUGUCAGUUGCAACUCCUUUAGAGGAAGCUUUAGGAGAAGGUCUGGAGAAGAAACAUGCUUGCGAGUUAACAGUUCACAUUGAUCGAUUUGCAUACAUCUUUCGGUACGUAAAUCACCCUGAAGCUGUAGCUGAUGCAAUUGGGAGGCAUUGGAAAAUUUUCAAUGUCAUAUUUGAGCUUCAUGCUUGGGACAUGCGGACAAUGGAAUCACUUUGCCGAGCUUGCAAAUAUGCUGUGAGAACUUCUGGAAGAUACAUAGUUAACAUAAUUGGAGAAAUGCUGGGGAAGAUUCAGGUUCUAUAUCAACAGCAUCAUCAGCCUUGCUUUCUUUAUCUUUCCAGUGAGGUGAUAAAGAUAUUUGGCUCCGAUCCAUCUUGUGCGAACUAUCUGAAGAGUUUGAUUGAAGCACUUUUUACACACACGACAUGUCUUCUCACGAGUAUUAAGGAAUUUACUGCAAGACCAGACAUAGCAGAUGAUUGCUUUUUGUUGGCAUCAAGAUGCAUUCGCUAUUGUCCUCAACUAUUUAUUCCUUCUCCUAUAUUUCCGUUGUUAGUGGAUUGCUCCUUGACUGGGAUCACGGUGCUUCACAGAGAAGCCUGCAACUCCAUUUUGACUUUCUUAUCUGAUAUUUUUGAUCUGGCAAAGUCAGUCAACGAAAAACAAUUUUUGUUGAUAAGAGAUGAUGUGAUAAUUCCUCGAGGCCCUACCAUUACGAGGUUGUUGAUUGCCUCAUUGACUGGAGCACUCCCAAGUUCUCGAUUAGAAACGGUAACUUACACACUGCUGGCUCUUACUCGAGCAUAUGGAAUGCAAGCUCUGGAGUGGGCUAAAGGGAGUGUUACACUAAUCCCAUUGACUGCAGUGACAGAGACGGAGCGGUCAAAGUUCUUACAUGCCUUGUCGGAUGCAGCAUAUGGAGCUGAUGUGAAGACUCUAAUGGCUCCGGUUGAAGAGUUGUCCGAUGUAUGUCGCCGCAACAGAACUGUUCAAGAAAUUGUUCAGGGAGCUCUUAAGCCACUGGACUUGCGUAUAUCACUUGUAUCAUAAUUGGAAGGUGAGGAACCGUGGGCUAUUUUGUUUAGGCCUCAGACCACUACCAUCAGUUUAAAGUGAAUGUAUUGUGUUGGUUUUUCCUUGGUUCCAUUGAUGUAUAUGGAUCAUUGUUCUCCAAUUUUUUUCACGGGAGAGUAUUUUGUAUUUACCAUGGUGGAGGUCAGAAUGUUUGUUGUAUCUUUAGCGGGGGGAGGGGGUGUGGGAUGCGAGUGGUUCGACAAACGUAUUGGAUUGGCUUCAUUUUUGGGGUAAAAUUCUUUAUACGAUGGUAAUUUUCAUUUGUAAUGGAAAAAUUUUAAUAUUAGGCAUUCUUAAA